AUGUCAAUAUCAGUUGACAGUAACAAUCUUAGUUUUGUUAACGAUUUGAAUCCUGGGAAAGAUAUGUGGAACAUGAAAGCGAGAAUUAUUCGAAAAUGGAAUCAGGGUUACAAGAUGGAUCUCAUCUUCAUUGAUGAAAAGCUUCAAGAAGAUGCUGUUGUGAUUCUGACGAAAUUUGGUGUUGAUUGGCAAGGUGUUGAGUAUGGUUUCAACUUCAGAGCUUAUGAAGAUAUUCUUCAAGGAGAGGCGUUAAACGCUUUGAGUGUUGCUAGUGUAUAUUUUUAUGUUGCUGGAUUUAUGAUUUGUUGUGGAGAUCUUGAAAUCUUUGAUCGACCUCCAAAGGAGACUAAGAAGAUGAAUUUCGAUAUUGAAGACUUGGAGGGUAAGGUUUUGCGGUGUACUGUGUGGAAUGAUUAUGCACUGCAGAUUAAGGACUUCAUUUCUAAAAUCCCACCUCAUGAGCAUGUGAUGGCUGUUAUACAGCAUGGAAAGUGUAAGGAAUGGAAAGGUGAAUAUACUGUUCAAAGUGAUAAGUUUGCAACACGAAUUUUUCUGAAUGAAGAAAUUAAUGAAGUUAAUGAGUUAAGGAGGAGGCUUAUACUGAAGUUUGGACAAGGGAGUGGUUCUACUUCUCAAACAAUACUAUCGUCUCAGAGUGUUUUCCCAUUGCAUAAAGAAUUUGUAACUGAUGGUGUGAAGAAACAUGUUGAUGAGAUUAGUGAGAUAGAAAAGGAAAUGACUUGUGUUGUGUUGUGUUGUGUUGUGGUUGCGACAAUUAAGAUUGUGCAAGAAGAGUAUGGUUGGUUUUAUGCUGCCUGUCAUGAUAUUGUUCGAUUGCCUGCGACUUCUUUGGUUUGUCCCAAAUGUCAUAGUGAAUGUACAUCGAUCACCACAAAGUUCAAGGUGCAAGUCCGGAGAUGUUCAAAGCUUCUUGGAUUAGCGGCGAGUGACAUAAGAGAGAGGCAGGUUAAGGCCAAUGAUACUGGAUUCCCUUAUGAGAUAUUUCGAUUGGUUGAUAAGAAGGCUGCUUUUAAGAUUGAUGUUUCUGAGUUCAAUCUUAAAAAUGACUAUCGUGUUUAUACUGUGCAAAAAACAUGUGAUGAUCCAGUUACUCAAGAGGUAGCUGACGUUAAAGAUGUUAACCUUUCAGAAUCUUCCCAGAUGUCUGCUGAACGAACUUCAAGGGAUUCUGGAUCAAGUCCCAAUGGAAAGCUGAUGGCUCUAGAUGCUGAUGUCGUCAACGUUGGUGAGCUAUCCACUAAUGUGAGAAGAACCCGGAAGAAGCUGACUAAGGUUAACAAUUAG